AUGAGGAUUGUUCUGGUUGGUAAAUCUGGAUCAGGAAAGAGCUCAACAGGAAACACUAUACUGGGCAAAGAUGCAUUUAAAGUUGGUUUCUCCCCUGAAUCUACAACUCAACAGUGUGAGAAAUGUAAGGGAAAUGUGGCGGGUAAAAACAUAUCUGUGAUCGACACACCUGGAUUGUUUCACACGUCUCUGACUCAAGAAGAUCUGAAGGCUAAGAUUGAGAUGAGUUUGCAGAUGUCUGCUCCUGGUCCUCAUGUGUUUCUGCUGGUCAUCGGACUGGACAGAUUCACAGAGGAAGUAAAAAACACAGUGAAAUGGAUUCAGCAAAACUUCGGAGAAGAAUUUAUGAGAUUCACCAUAGUGCUGUUCACUGGAGGUGAUAAAUUAGAAAAACCAAUAGAAAAAUUUCUAUCAGAUAGCAACAACCUGAUUCUAGAUGAAUAUGAGACAGAAUAUCAUGUCUUUAAUAAUGCCAAGAAGAAGAAUCAAACUCAGGUCACUGAAUUGCUGGAGAAAAUAAAGCAAAUGAAGAAUAAACAUGAAAGAAAGAAUGAAUACUACACUAUGGAAAUGUAUCAGGAGGCUCAAACUAAGAUCAGAGAAGAAGAAGAGGAGAGAAGACAAGAGGAAGAGAAAAAGAACCAAGAGGGGAAGGAAGAAAAUGGAAACGUAGAUGGUUUUGUUCAAAGAACAAUAACAAUUGUCAUAGCAGGCGUAACAGCAAGUGUAAUAGUAGGCCUAACAACAGUGCUAGCAAAACUAUAUUUUCUGAAUGGAAAUCAUCCAUAAACCAGCAGAGUUGUUGAAUAGUGCACUGAACAAGAAUCACAUGCAGUCCUUGAUAUGCAUGAAAAAAGUAAUACAAGAUCA